GUGUGUGUGUGGAGUGAGUGUGUGUGAGUGAGUGAGCGGUCUGAUAUUUUGUUGUAGUCUGUACCAGUGACUGAGCAGGACGAUCAGAGGGGAGCAGUGCAGCAGGAGCAGCAGCAGCAUCAGUGGCGGGCGGGAGGCUGGUAGGAUGUUGCGUCUGUGCUGCCGAUUAGGCUGAUCAGAGCCGGAGCUACGAUGCAGUGACAGUCUACACAGGAAGACACGGGCACACACACUUACACACACACACACACACACACACACACACACACACACACACACACACAAACACACAGGGAGAAGGAGGGAGAGUAACACACGAUUGCGCACGAGAAAUGAUCCGCUCCUAGACUAUGGCACCGUCGGGCUCGCGUAGUAUCAAGAAGGGCUGUCAGAGAGUUUUGUACUGGAUCCCGGUCCUGUUCAUCGCCCUCAUAGUGGCUUGGUCAUACUACGCCUAUGUUCUGCAGCUUUGCAUAGAGUCCAUCGAUGACACAGGAGAAAAGGUUGUAUACCUGCUGGUGUACCAUGUCAUUUUCAUCAUGUUUGUGUGGGCGUACUGGCAAACCAUCUUCACCAAGCCCAUGAACCCCCUGAAGGAGUUUCACCUGUCCUACUCUGACAAGGAGCUGCUGGAGCGUGAAGAUCGAGGAGAGUCUCAGCAGGAGAUCCUGAGGAGGAUAGCCAAGGAUCUGCCCAUCUACACCCGCACCAACUCCGGAGCAAUCCGCUUCUGUGACCGUUGCCAGCUGCUGAAGCCUGAUCGAUGUCACCAUUGUUCAGUUUGUGAUAAGUGCAUUCUGAAGAUGGAUCACCACUGCCCCUGGGUGAACAACUGUGUGGGAUUCUCCAACUACAAGUAUUUCAUGCUGUUCUUGGCAUAUUCGCUACUCUACUGCCUUUUUAUAACUGCUACAGAUCUUCGAUUCUUCAUAAAAUUUUGGACGAACGGACUCCCAGACACUCAGGCCAAGUUCCACAUCCUGUUCCUCUUCUUCUCAGCCUCCAUGUUUUCAGUCAGCCUGGCUUCACUUUUCACUUACCACUGCUGGCUCGUCUGUAAGAACAGAUCUACUCUGGAGGCUGUGCGCUCUCCAGUGUUUCGCCACGGCACAGAUAAGAACGGCUUCAGUCUGGGCGUCAGUAAGAACUUCCGCCAGGUCUUUGGUGACGAAGUGAAGUACUGGCCCAUUCCUGUUUUCUCCAGUUUAGGGGAUGGUUGCUCGUUCCCAACAUGUCUGGUGAACCUGGACCCGGAGCAGCCGGCAUCGCCCACUGGCUCCAACCCUGCCAACAAGAGUGCAGCAGAGGUACGCCAAUUUCCCUCCAAGCCACUGAGGGAGUCUCAGAGUCGGUUGCUCACCAGCACCCCCUCCUGGACAGAGAGUGACAGUACAUCUGACAAAGACAAAAAGGGUGCCAGCAACCCAGGGAUGACCAUAGAGAAUGAGGCGUAACCACAGUUAAGGAUAGAGGUGACCGUUUAACCCAGAAAAGUCCCUGCUGGCCCCUCCUCGGUGUUUGUGCCUAUCAGAAUGUGACGUGGUGGUGACAUCAUCAGUAUUUGUUGUUUCCUGUACACACACCCCGCUUCUGAGAGGUUAACACACGACUGGUAAUGAUGAAUAAUGAAAAUGAGCCACCAUCAGUGUUACUGUUAUUGUUAUGAGCAACAGUUCCUGCUGCUCUCUGAAGGAACCAGUGGACUGAAAUGAAUAUAUUGCAUUCCAACUGUCAUACUUUUUUUUGUUUGUAUAUGAAUAAGCACAGCAUCAAGUGGAAGACAGAUUAAUCUGAGCUGCUUUUGUAUGUUACAGUAGAGCUACCUACAAGUUGAUUUAUGUUACGUUCAUUGCUUAGCACAUGAAGUAAAUGCUGUUUUGAGUUUGCCAAAUGUUUGCACAUUAUGUAUAGAUUAGUAAUCGUGUUAAUGUGAUGUAACUGAUAUUCCUUUCGCCAUUUUCUUUUUCCAGUGAAGUGUCAUGUUUUGGAAGGGAAGGGGGGGUGGGCAGGUUUUCCAUACACCAUGUUGAGUUUUUGAUGAAGCUCAGAUGAUGCAUGCUCUCAUCUCAGGAUGUCAACACAAACUGUUGUAGUUAGCUGUAACACAAAAUGUUCUCCCGUUUUGCUUUGGAACAAACAAACAAAAAAAAUAUGUAUAAAUUAGUAAUCUGAAUAAGGGCUCUUUUGACUCGUUAUAGCAUGAGUGAGGAUGUUGCUGCUGUCACACUGAAACACCUGAGAGUUGGUGCUGCGACAGAGUGCUUCCCUCCUCUGCCAAAUAUCUACUCUGUUGUCUGGUAGUCUACAGUACACAACCAACUGCCGGCCAAAAGCGUCCCGAUUGUCUCUGUGUUAAUGCUGCAGAUCUGUUCACCAUCUAAAAGCAGAUACUGUGGAGUGUUUUUCUAUCUCAAGACACAGUGUCAUGGAUGAACUUCAGAGCAAAAACAAAAACAAAUCCAACAGCUCCAGCUGCUUUGUAUAUUUUCACCUUCUGUGGAUUCUGUCUGUUCUCGUCUCUGGCUGGAAAUUAUUGAAUCAUCACCGAAAAAUUAGUGAAGAAUGUAUGCUUGUUAAAAAAAAACAAAAAAAUUCAUGGUGACAGUGUCAAUCUAUAUUUUUCUAUUCUUCUCAAGAGACAAUAUGGAUGUGUGAGGUAAUGUACUGUACAGUUGUGAUGCCUUAUAAAUAAAAACGAGCUCAUCUUCAGCCUCUUUACUCAUUGCACAUCUAGAGGAGUCCCGAGUCAUUAAAGACAUGUAGCGGCCAAGGGCGCUUUAUGGUAGAAAAGUUUCAAGCCUUUAUUUACAAAAUAAUCUAAAAACAAACCUCUUGUAUAUAUUGCAUAUUCUUCUUUUGCUCCUUUACAGUGUGAAAGAUAUGCUGCAGGGAGAAGGAAAAGUGUUUCAGUUGUCAGUUUUAGGGAGGUUAAUAAGUACCUACACUUCAACACACACCUAUGGAAGUUCAGGAUACUAUUCAACAACACAGCAUUUAUUCAAACUCUUUAGUACAUGCGGCUGUUCUAUGCAGCAUGAAUGAACUGGAAAGCAAUACAAAAAAAAAAAAA